GCUUUUUGCCUACACCAUGAUGCGCGCAGCGGCGGUCACUGAGAAAGCCAGCCGUGUGGCGCCGCUGGUGAACUCCUGGAAGUUUGAGUCGAAGAAGGAUAGCAUGGACGAGAAUCGCCAAUACGUAGUCCAGUACAUCAUCCAGAGCGAAGCCGGCUUCUACAUGAAAGGCGUUCGUCUUACUGCCGGAACUGUACAAAAAAUGA